CAAGUGAACACCGACAGUCGGAUGACUUAAAAAAUGAGAAUAUUUUCAAUUUUAUGCCUUUGCCUGUUGGCGGUUUGGCAGAGUGAGGCCACGUUCGAUCUGGUCGGCAAAGGGCUCUACUAUAUAGGCAAUGAAGAUGGCACUUUAAGAAACUGUGACUGGUUUCUUUCGAGAAGAGACUGCUGGAAGCACAACAGCCAGCUAGUGUCCGUGGAAACGAUCGAGGAGUUAAAGGCGCUCGAGGACUACGCGCUGUCCAAGGGCUUCGCCGAUGGCAGCACCUUUGCCACGUCAGGCCACAGCUUCGACAGUGAAAUGCCCUACUCCUGGGAGGGCGUCAAGCAGCCGCUGACCUUCACCCGCUGGAUGCCCGGUACGGAAAAGCCGCUGUCCAAAAGCUAUCUCAGUCUGGUGCUGUCCAACUCGACAUUGUAUAUGAGGAGAUCUUUCGGGUACGACAACUACUAUAUCUGCGAGUAUCAGCCAGCGCUUCUGCGUCUUUGGCUAUCAAUGAGCACAACGAACUGGAUGGUACUGGCAGGUUCAGUGCUCAUUUCCAUUCGCUGCAUGAUAUUUUUGUGCAGUCGAAAGACAAGAGCGAAGGCAAAAGUAUCAAACAAAGAAAAGCUCAUAUCAACAGCAGAUUCAGUAUGACAUGCACAAUGUGCAUUCAUAAAUGUUCAUAAAUAAAGCAGAAAAAACCAA